CCUAUGCUGCUAUUCUUCCCUUUUCCUCCACCUUCUUCUCUUCCUUAGUCUAUUAGAGAAAAAAAUUUUAAAAAAAUUAGUAUUUUAGUAGUCAUGCUGUCCGCUUAUCCAGCCAUCUUGCCCUCCUCCGAUCAAAUUCUCGGCAAUCCAUUUCCGGCCUUCGACGGCGGGUUCACACCUUGGGAUUUCUCCGAGGUUUUCCCUCCCGUUGAUCAUGAAGGAUCGCCCAAACCGGUCACGUCGAACUCAGGUUCGGGUGAUUUUCAAACCACAUCUUCUUCCCCUAAAGCCGUUGUUUCCGGUUCAGGUUCUGAUGAACCGAACCGUUACCAUGGCAAAAUAAAGACGACCUGCUGUACCGAUGAACCGUCGAAUCGGCCGGUUUCCGUUGUGGACGAGCGGAGGCGGAGGCGGAUGAUUUCGAACCGGGAGUCGGCGAGGAGGUCACGGAUGCGUAAACAAAAGCACUUAGAAAACCUAAGGAGCCAGGUGAACCGGUUUAGGGUUGAGAACCGGGAACUUACGAACCGCUUACGGUUCGCUUUGUAUCAUUUCCAGCGGGUUCACACGGAUAACAUACGGCUCCGGUCCGAAUACUCUAUGCUCCAACAGAAGUUGUCGGAUAUACGCCAAAUUAUGCUUUUUCGGCAACUCCAACACUUCCCAGCCUCAUGGCCAUGCAAUACUGUUAUUUCCGAAUAAACCCAUUAAUCACCUAAUUUUGAAUCAAUUAUUAUUAAUAACCUCAUUAAAUUCUUAAACCAAGAACAAAUUAAGAGACUCUCUCUCUCUCUCUCUCUCUCUCUCUCUCUCUAUCUCUAUCUCUAUCUCUCUCUCUCUCUCUCUCUCUGUGUAAAUUAUAUAAAAGCUGCUAAAAGAAAAUGGUGGGCUCUUAUGGUGAUUUUUGGGGGAAAAAGAAGAAAAAAAAGAAAGAAAGAAAAUUCGGUUUGGAAAAUGACGGUUUCUCUCAUGCAGAACCGAGGGUCAUUAUAUAUAUAUAAUAUAAUAUGUUGUGUAUAAGAAGAUUAGUCAGUGCCUUUGUUAAUUAGAGCAUUUUUGUUGUUUUGUUUUUGUCUGGUAUAUCAAUAAAUAUAUAUAUAUAUAUAUAUAUAUUAUUAGAAA